ACACCAGCAGCAUCAGGAGCGGCGUCGGACGGAGAUGGCGCGGCAGUUGUCGUACUUGUUCGUACGUUGCCGGCAAACCCUUCGCAGAGCAGACGCUGGUGCGUGUGAGUGUGUGGGGUCGGUGGCACCCAAUUCGUCGUUUCGCCACAAGGACCCGUCUGAGGAUUUUGGCGGCAGGCCCCGGUUUCUAUUUCGGUUAAGAUAGGUCGGUCCCUCACUUCGAAGAUGAACCAGCUCGACCAGGACGAGAAGCUGAUCAUCGAGGUCCAGCAGUAUCCGGGACUUUACGACCAGAACAGCUACGACUACCGCGACCUGCGGAAGAAGGAGAAGAUGUGGCAGAAUGUGUCCGAGAGUCUGGGUCUCCAUGCCAAAGAAUGCCAGGCUCGGUGGCGAGUGUUGAGGGACAAGUUCGUGCGGGAGAUGAGGAAGAACGUGAAUCCCAAGAGAGCGGGAUCGAGCGCUCUCCAGGUGUACCAGGGAAGCUGGCCUCUCAUGUCGCAACUCAUGUUCUUGACCUCGCACGUCAAACACAAGCCCGUCAGGCCCAACAAGCGGGAGAUCUACUCGGACACGGGCGGCACGGACGAGGACGAGGAACUGGAACCGUCGGAGGAGGAGGAGGACAUCGUGGCCGACAUGAAACCAGAUCCCACCUCCUACUUAUUGACCGACGCGGCGGCACCGCCGCCGCAGCCUCCCGCUUCCUCCCAUCCACAUCCUCAUCCUCAGCAGCAGCACCAGCAUCCUUCGCAUACUCACCCUCCUCCUCCUCAUCCACCUCCCGCGUCCUCCCAUCCUCCCCCCGCCAGUGAGUAUUCCUCGACGGGCCCUAACGCCAAGAGACUGAAAUACGACGUCGCGGAGGUCCAGAAGAUGAAUUCGUCCUCCUCCUCCUCCCCCUCCUCCUCCUCCGCCUUCUCCUCCUCCUCCUCCGAGAUGGAGAUCCUGAAGAUGAUCGUGAACUUCCAGAGCGCCCGGCAGGAGGACGAGGAGAACGAGGAGCGGCUCUUCUGCCUGAGCCUCGUUCCCUCCCUCAAGAGGCUCCCGCUCGAGAAGAGGAGUCUGGCCAAGCUGCAGAUCCAGAAGAUUCUCCACAUCAUGGAGUUUCCGGAUCUCAAGUGCGAUUUCUAGCAGCGGGACAAUUUGCGAUUUUCCCGAUCGCAGAGUCAAAUUGUAAGAUCUGGGCUUUCAUCUUCCAGAUCUCAAAGGGAAAUUGUAAGAUCUGCACAUUCCUCUUCCAGAUCUCAAAAUAAAAUGUUCAGAUCUGGACGUUAAUUUUCCAGAUCUCAGGUGCGAGUUUUAACGCUGGAAAAUGUAUCCAGGUCUCGAGAUAAGAGUAAGACAUCGGGGAACUCAUUUUCCAGAUCUUAAGUGCAAGUUUUAACGUCUGGAAAUAUUCCAGGUCAUAAGUUAGAAUUGGACUCUAUGGAAUUGCCAGAUCUCAAGUGUGAGUUUGAACGUCAUUGAAUUUUCCAGAACUCAAGAUAAACAUAUAACAUCAUGGAAUUAACUUUCUAGAUCUUAAGUUAAAAUUGGAAUCUAUUGAAUUGCCAGAUCUCAAAUGUGAGUUUGAACGUCAUUGAAUUUUCCAGAACUCAAGAUAAACAUGUAACAUCGUGGAAUUAACUUUCAAGAUCAUAAGUUAGAAUUGGACUCUAUGGAAUUGCCAGAUCUCAAGUGCAAGUUUCGACGUCAUGGAACUUUGCAAAUAUUGAUAUUCAAAUAUCAGGGAAGAUGUAGGCCUCAAUUGGAAAUGUAAAUUAAGAGAAUUUCCAGAUCUCAAGUGAGAAUUUUUUUAUCACGUUCCAGCGCCCGUCCGAGUCUUUCGUUGGUAGACUUCAUGUGAGGAAAUGGUGAACUGUUGUCUCGCGUUUUUUUAAAGGAAAAGAAGCAUUUCCCAAUAUACAGAAAGAGUUGAGGUAAGCAUGAGGUUUCCUCAAGAGUUUAAAACUUGUCUUAUAGCUCUUGAAAUUUUACGUAGUUUUUAUUUUACAGCAUGAGGGAUGAUCGUGAUUUCUGAAUUUGCGAUUUGAUUUAGUAACGUUUACGGCAACUCUUGAAAUUACUUGUGAUUUACUCAUUACUUACACGAGAGGUUACGGUUUACGAAAUUAAUUUGAUUUAAUGACGGAAAUUUGGAACGUCAGCAUCGGAAACCGAAUUAUUCCCUCUAUGUAGACAAAUGUUGAUGGCUGUUUUCAGCACUAUAACAGUUCAGGUUAUAAGGUACCUGUCUUAUCUGUUAUCUGUGAACGGUAAAAUUGUAUCAGGUUUAAAUUGUGCGUCAUUUCAAUACACUAGACUCAUUUAUUUAUUGAUUGAGUUGUAUAAUCUGGCGUUACCUGUUUUUUACCUGCUAAUGAUUGGACUUGAUUAGGCAAAAAGGUCGUUGACCCCCUCCCCCUCUCUUGUUCCUACCUUGUCCUUGUUCAUGUUUUCUUCGGGCCUGGGCUAGAAAAGGGCGUUAGGUUGCCCUCCCAAUUUGCCUCUACACAAAAAAGAGAAAAAAUAAAAACAGGGCUAUCUCCGAUUUUUGAUUUUCGAGAUUCAUGUAAAUAAAUGUCAUGUCAUUCGCAGCCAUAUUGUCGUCAUGUAAACAUUAGCUUUUUUAUAUCAUAUUUUCACCUUUAGCUUUUUAAUAUUAGCUUUUAUUAUUGUCAAAAUGGGUCAGGUGCACAAUAUGUUAUUUUCAAGGAAGAUUACAUAUCAUUAUUGUAGCUGGUGAAAAAUGGGAUUAGGAUAAAUAUUUUUGUUAUGUAUCUUAGUAGUGUAAGUAAUACCACUAGUAAAAUACGGAGGACUGUUAACAGGGUUCAUUGGCAUUUAUGAAUUUAUUAGAUUAAGCAAGGUUACUUAUAGUUGUUGGUGAUAGUAAUAGUAUAGUAGGAGUAGUAGUAGUAGCAGUAGUAGAAUGAUUAGUGAACGAAUGGAUAUUACUUAUGAUAGUAGUAAUUGUCGUAGUAUUAGUAGAAGCGAAAUGUAUAGCAUAUAGGUACAAGUAUUCUUGUUAUUCAAAUAAGUCAGAAAUUGUGAGACUACCAAUUGUCCAUGGAAGUAAUUUAUAUUUUUCUUAUAUUUUGUUGCUACAGGUAUAAAAAAUAAUAAUAAAUAAA